UCCUCCCCCCCCCCCAAGAUGCCCAACGCGCUACCAGCAGCGGGCAGUGCCCCUGUCCAAGGGCUCACCUUCGGCGUGAGGGGCAGGUCUCUCCCGAGUGCAUUUUCCUACCUGGCUUUCUCCGCACCUUCCACCCCACCCCCGCCCCAGCACACAAGCACACAGGCUCCACGGCCUUCUCCCCGGGCUGAGAAAGGGGUGGUGGUGGGUGGGGGCUGUGGGCAGGUGCGGGGCCCUGGGUCUGCCAGGCCAGCGGGAGAGGGAGCAGGAGGCGUCCUCGGAGACUGAACAGAAGCCGAGUCCCUCCGCCUUCCCGCCACAUGCAGGUGCGCUGGGAGCCCGCAAGGCGGCACGGCGCGGGCGGCUGUGUGCACCGCAGCUCCCCCGCAGGGGAACCCCGGGAGAGCUCCCGGGCCCUCGGCGGCGGCCGCCAGACCCCGCCCCUCCCGGCCUGCCCGCGCCUAUCGCGGCGGCCCGCCUGGUCACGCGGGAGCGGCGCUGCGGGCGCCAGGCCAGAGUCCCGCGGCUGGCGGAGUCGCUGCAGGCCAGCGGGGGUGGAGGGCGAGGGCUGGAAGCCGGGCGGGCAGCGCCAGCCGGGGAGCCGCGCCGAGCACUGGAGUCACGCCGAGCGGCGCCGCCGAGGCGUACGGUCCCGCGCACCCAUGCUGCUGACACUGGCCUGGAGCGCGCUCUUCUUCCCCGGGCUCUUCGCGCUCUGCACCUGGGGGCUGCGGCGCGCCAGGCCCGCGUGGAGCGAUUGGCUGUGCGCGAUGGUCGGCACCAGGCUGGUUUCUUCAGUGCAUGCUGUGUUGGCCACAGGAUCGGGAAUCAUCGUUAUCUGCUCUUGUGAAAACGUGAUGUACGGCAGCCACUGGCUUGCCCGAGAAUAUGUUUGGUUUUUGGUUCCAUACAUGGUCUAUGACACCUAUGCCAUGUACCUCUGUGAAUGGUACCGAAUCAGCGAUCAGAGCCACAGGCACUUCCUCACCGUUUUUCAAAAUUUCCUAAGUAAAAACCGCCUCAUGAUCACGCACCAUGGAGUCAUUUUGUUUAUCCUUGUGCCAGUCACACAGGGAAUUAGGGGAGACCUUGGGGACUUCUUUGUUGGCUGCAUCUUCAUAGCAGAACUGAGCACUCCAUUCGUGUCACUGGGCAAAGUCCUGAUUCAGUUAAAGCAGCAGCACACCCUUCUGUACAAGGUGAAUGGAAUCCUCACGCUGACCACCUUCUUCUUCUGUCGGAUCCUUCUUUUCCCCUUCAUGUACUGGUCCUUUGGCCAAGAGAAGGGACUAAGCUUCUUCCAAGUGCCACUCCACAUCCCCUUCGCCUGCAAUGUGGCCAACGCCUUCCUCAUCGCUCCCCAGCUCUACUGGUUCUCUCUGCUGUGCAAGAAGGCAGUCCGGCUCUUUGACACUCCUGCAGCCAAAAAAGGAUGAUUCACUGCUCCCGAUUUGUCAGCCAAUGAGGUUGCCUUCACACACUAGCUGCCUCCUUCAUUCAGUGUUCCGUGGACCAGACUGUGCCCUGGGUGGCCUCAGUCUUUUGAAUAUUGGUAAGCAGAUGAGUUCAAGUUUUUCUAAACAAUAUUCACAUCCCCUUCCUCUUCUAAUUGUCCACUUUUGUAAAAGCACUUUUUCCCCUUAGUAAUAAUUGUUGGACCUUGUCAAACCUCCAUUGUCAGCACUGUGGUUUUAAGACAAACCCAAGGGAUUUCUCCUUGAGCCUUAUCUAGAGGGAUCUGGGAGGAGGGAGAAGCAUGGGGCAUGUAGAGAUAGGUGGACCAGGGUUAUAAAUGUCUGCACGCCCAUCUGGCCCUGAUAUCAGCGGCCAUCCACCUUUCCCACCACUCGGGGCAGUGCCCACACAUACUGGGCCAGAAGAAACAAGCAGUGACUUGGUUCUUGAAACAACUGUUAUGCUGGCUUGUGAAAAUUGUGAUUUUUUUUCUGCAGCCAGGGUUAACACUGGGGCUUGGUUGCCUGUGCAAUCCACUGAUCCUAGUGGCCGUUUUUCCCUCAUUUGUGGUGUCGACCAAAAUAGAGGGGGUGGAGGAAGAGGGAGACACCUGUAGCAGUGCUUUGCUGUUCAUGAAGUUUCUCCCUGCAGGUGGACACUGGCGGCUUAAACCUGGGUCCUCACCCAUGGUAACAGAUGCCACUGCCUCCCCUCCCAUAGUUUUACAUUGUUUACUAGACCAUCAAUUGGUCCUUUGCAUCAUCCUGUUGUGCCAAUGUUGAAUUCUCAUGUCUGUUGACAUCCAGCCUCACUGGUAGGAGUGGGAGCCUGAAGUACUUGAGUAGGUGGGGAGGCCAACAGGUCAGCGGCAUUCUUGCAAGCUGACUUUGCUGCCCCUUCUAAGCUUUUACGAAAUGGCACUUGAGAGAGGGCUUCAGUGCAAAAGAACACAUACAUGCACCGUACCUUUCCCAUCUGCCUAGUUUCACCUUUGUGGGUUUGUUUGUGAAAUUCUAGGAUGAAGCUGUCAUUAACUUCUCCCAGACUGAUUUAAGACUCCAGCUGAACCCAAUUUCAAAGUGUCUUUAUGCCUAGAUUAUUGCCAAGAAACCCAAGAAAGGCAAGUGGGAGCUCAGUCAAAUGAGUGAUCUUAUUACAAACACUGUUCCCUUUCUAACAUGCCCCCUCCAGCUCAGAUUUUCCCAUACCCACACACAGGGUAUUCACUUGGGAGUGCAAGACAGCCCUGGCCAAAGUAUGUCCUGUGGACUGACUUCUCCAUUUGCUAAUAGAAGCCUCUGGUGCCAACACUAAUUGUUGUCCCUGAUCAACCUGGUUGGGCUUUAGAAAGCUGUGCUGCUAAUGGUAGUGAAAAAGUAGACUUUAAAAAGUGCCUUUCUAAUCCAUUGUUUUCCAUGAAUUUAAAGAGUACUGAAUAUGUCGUGUCUCGAAUAUAUUGACUAUUUCUGUGAUGGGUGCCAAUGACAAAUGCUGCAUUUUUUUUUACCAUGAUAUAUAUAUAUAUCCCCUUUGGUGAUUAAACUACACUAAUAUUAACAGCUUAUUAUUAUUUGUGAACUACAUCAAAUCCAACUUCCUGUAGAGUCCCCAUCAUGGGGCCUGGCUCAACCAGUUACUGAGGUGAACAGGGUACAUUACUAUUUCCAGCCUCCUGGAGGGUCUAGCUCAGGCCUUCUGCUAUCAUGUUCCAUGGUUCUAAAAUACAUUGCAAGCUAAGAGAGUUCACUCUAUGGUCAAAUCACUUUAGGCCUUUUUCUUUCUAAACCGGGAGGGUGGGAACCCAAAUACAGUCCACAGAGCCUGACCACUUUAAGUGGGGGGGAUGGGACCUGAGCAUCAGUGCUUCUUUCUGAGUGAGGGAAGGUGUGGCUAUGAAGGUGAGGAGGCAGGCACUUUCCUUCCUCCUUACCCAAACUAAAUACCUGGCCCAGCCAUUCUAUAGCUUGUACUGUAGCCUGAAUGCCUUCAUUUCACUUUCAUCCUGCUGCACAUACCACUUCUCGCUCCCAUUCACUCUUUAAAACCAUGACAACUCACCCUGAACAGAAGAUAAUUACACCCAUACUCGGAUCACACCUCUGCUUUGUUUACCAGACUAUGUUUUAGCAGAUUCCUGGGUCUGCUGCAUGGGGUUCAGACUGUAUGGCAAAAGACUUUAAUUUAGAAGACACCCAUCCUCUGGAGGCCAUUAAUCUAUCCUCAGGCACUUACCGUUCUUGAUCCAACUUUUCUUUUAUAGUGGUGUAGUCUUCUCAGGAAUACAACUCACUUGGCCAGUUGGUGGCAGAACAGUUUCCCUACUUGCUGCUCCUUCUGAGACACUGCAAAAAUGACACUUAAGGGUUUCAGUGUAAAAAAGAAAACACGCACACGCAUGGUAAUUUUACCACUUGGCUGGAUUAAUCUUUGGUAUACUUGUGAAAUUCUAGGAUGAAAUUGUCAUAUACUUUCUCCAGGCUGAUUUAUUAACUUUUAAGACUCUCGUUGAACCCAAUUUCAAAGUGUAUCUAUGCCUAGAUUAUUGUUAAGAAACUCAAGAGAGCCAUGUGGAAACUCAAGAUAAUUUUAUUAUACUUUGUAUGUUAUAAAAAUCAUAAGAAACUA